AUGGCGCGGGACACUAGUCGGGCGAGGUAAACGCGGGGACUCUUGUGUUCAGAGGCGCUGAGCAACCUCCCGCGCCUCUAUAUUUUCCUCCCCAUUUGCUGUGAAGUGAAAUAAUUCUUGUAGCUUGGUUGGCUUUGCAAGGGGACGAAAGCUGCUAGACCUCUGCCCAGUUUAGCUCGCUGGGACUUACUUUCGAGUAGACCCGAAUAGGUUUGCCCUGUAAACUGCCUAAUAGAAAACUUCACCUCACAUUUCUGUGGUUAUUGAAGCACUUUUUGCCUUUCUCUACCUGGGUUUCUGAACAGGCCUCUGGACUCCGUUGCUCCUUCCCACCCAACUUAAAUCCCUGCUCAGAAUUAAGCCUUAUUGAAUUUAGUGGGUCUUACUCUCAGGUAAGUAGGGAUCGCACCAUUAGCACAGGUGUGUGUCUGAAUGAAGGUUAGAUGCUCUGCAUUCUCUCUCUGUAUAUAUACUGUUACAUCUUGGCUGCCUCUGUUUUUUAGUGGACCUAAUCCUAGGGGACAAAAGGGGGAAGGCGCUGACCAUGUGCAGAGUGCUUUUUUAUUUUUAGUAUUUAGGGUUUUAAAAACACCUCUUUGUGGAGUUUGAGGAUAAGUUCCCCUGCAGAGGGCCUGGAAACAAGAGAAACUUGAUUGUGCACAUAGUGUCAUUUCUUGAAGGAGAGAAAGGGUGUGUUUCUGAAUUUGAGUGUAUUGAUGAUGUGUUGUGCUUUAUCCCUCAUCUUUGAUGGCCACACUAAUGAGUGCCAAGCUGAAAUCAUAUGAUUUGUUGAGACAAGCCCAGUACUCUGGGUUCUCUAGUUUAUCUGUGAGGUAGUGGCUGGAUGGCCAACACAUGUAUUCAGGUUCCCUGAAAGUGCACCUUUUUGUUAAGGUAUGAAUCUCCAUAUUGUAGUGCAACAGGCACCAGCUGAUAUUCACACUUACGCAUGAUUACCGUAGAUGACAACCAACCUAUAUUGGGGGAGGUAGCCAAUGUAGUGCCCUGCAAAGGUGUUGUACUGCAACUCCCACCAGCUCCCACCAGCAUAGUCAGUGAUUGGGGGGGGGGAUAGGUGUUGUAAUCCAAAACUUCAGGGUCUGCCUACCUUGGUCUGAAGGGCACCAUGUUGGCUACUCUUGGUUUAUAUGUGGACAUGGUGGUGCUUCACACAUACAUACAGUGGUACCUCAGGUUAAGAACUUAAUUCGUUCCGGAGCUCCGUUCUUAACCUGAAACUGUUCUUAACCUGAAGCACCACUUUAGCUAAUGGGGCCUCCCGCUGCUGCCGCGCCACUGCACAAUUUCUGUUCUCAUCCUGAAGCAACGUUCUUAACCCAAGGUACUAUUUCUGGCUUAGCGGAGUCUGUAACCUGAAGCGUCUGUAACCCGAGGUACCACUGUACUAACAACCAAGAAAUGGCUUGACCGGAAAUAUUUUUCUACUUUGGAAACCUCAAUUCCAGUCAAGCUUUUUGUUGUUGUUGCAGAUGUACAGAUUCUUCUCAGUUGGGGAUGUGCUUUUUCAGCUUUGAACACAUGUAGCAUUUGCCUGCCAUCGCCCUUGCCAACAGGUGGUAUGCAAGGUUGCAAGGCAGAUGCUGCUUUACAGGCUAGUGGCUGUACGUCUGAUAAAGAGCUUUUUGAUAUUGCAUUCACCACUUGUAGCGUCAACAGGAGACAAAGCUACAGAUGGGGGUAGCACCUAAAUCAGUCUUCAAAAUGGCAAAGCUGAGCAGAUGUCUGUGCUCUCCCCGCCCCAUACAUUUAAUGUGGUACUAAUUCUCCCAUCUAACUAGGCAGUGUUAUUUGCCUAGUUUGCAUAUUGGGAGCGUGAUGGUUUCGGUUUUAAAUUAGACAAUGUGUUUAUUGUGUGUUGAAUGCACAUGGUGGGAAAGCUAAGUACGAUACAGCCAUGGGAAUCAUGUACAUGACACCCUUUUGGGUGUAGUGGGGAAUGUGAAAGAAAGCUUGCUUUUAUAUGCACAUUUCCAUCAUUGGUUUGGGGUGCUCAGCCAUUGGUUAUUCCAUGUUACUUCUCUUGCCUGUGGCUGCCUGGGUGUUCGUUUUCCCACCCACCCCUUUCCCCUUCAAUUCAACUUCCACAGUUCUUGUGGGAGAAGUGAUAAGUCUUCAUCAGAUUGGCACAUUGCUCAGUCAACAUUAGAGAGGGUGGAGUAGCAUAGUGAUUAAUUGUAAGCUAUGAGGCAUGAAGUCCUAGUGUCAAAUCUCAGCUCAUUCUGAAAGCAGCCUUAAGCAAACUCCCUCUCUUAGCUUUAGUGUUCCGUGAGCAAUAUUUUGUUUACUGUUGGUUACGUUUCUGCUCCUUCCUUCCUGGAACUCAAGGUGGUGGUGUUCAUAGGAUUCUCAGGUGAUCUCUCAAGAUCAGGCCUAGACCAGCAUAGCUUCAGAAGGGUUGCCCUUGGAUCUGUGGGACUAACUCUGGUGUAUCUUACUGCAACAUUUCCAUUCUAGCCCACAUAAAUGUUUGCUAGAUGGCCAGAAUGCCCACCUAUAAAUAUUGGCCAUUUCUGGUAUGUUUAUAGCCUUGGAGAAGAAAAUAAUUAUCUACCAAAUUACAAAUGCUUUGCUUUUUGGCUGCCAGGAGGCAAUUAUUGCUUGCCACAGGUGACCAGAUGAGUGGCUAUUUAUAAUUCUACUUUACAAGUUUAAGGAUAACUAACCGGUGGCUGAAUCACAUGCUAAUUGGUUUCUCAUCUCAUCACUCAGUUGGUUAUAAUCUCUUGAGCCCCAGCUGAAUGUGUGAGCACAGAAAUAACAAUGUGCCUGAGGUAGUCUUGUUAGAUUUGGCAAUUUCAGGUGUGCAACUCAUCACUUGAUGUUGUGGCUAUCAAGUGAUGAUUAUGCAUAUGUGAAUUUGCCCUUUCAUAAUGUAUCUGAAGUAUUUGAAGUGCUUAAUAAAAGCACUGUAUAAAUUACAAUCGUACCUUGGUUCUCGAACGUAAUUCAUUCCAGAAGUCCAUUCGACUUCCAAAAAUAUUCAGAAACCAAGGCGCAGCUUCUGAUUGGCUGCAGAAGCUUCCUGCACUCAGUUAGAAGCUGUAGCUGACGUUCUGCUUCCAAAAAAUGUUUGCAAACUGGAACACUCAAUUCUGGGAACUAAAACAGAACAGAAGGAAUUGGAAGUCCAAAGAACUAAUAAUUUUAAUUCUAUCACAGGAUGGCAAGUAGACUGCCAGAUGUUGAGGAGCAAGAUGAGGAUGAGUGUGAGCCAGUUGAGUCAAAAGGGUCAAAUAACACCGUGCGUUCGGACAGCACCUUUGGAACUGAAAGCCCAGAGGCAGGUGAGGGUGGUCACCCUACCCCUGAAGAUGAAAGCACAACAUGCUCUCAAUCCAUGAGAAGUGAAGCGCUUGAUUCUGAGCACCGGAUUAACUGCACAUUCUCAGUCUCGCUGGCUGUUCCAGUUGUAGCUCCAAGUAGGUAAAUUGCAUUUAUCAGUCCUUUUCAUUCUUUUCAGAAGAUGUUGUCCCAAAAUAUUAAGGAGAACAUUGCCCCCCACCAAAAAAAACCUGUUUCAUCCCCCCCAAUAGUAAUGCAAAAGCCUUAGUCUGCAUUGCCCAGUGGUUACAUCGCUGGUUGUCUCACAGUUGGUAGUGAUGCAGAGUACCUACUAUUUUUGAGUUCUUGUCAGUGCCCACACGUUGGCAUAUUGUGUGACUGGGCUAAUUGUCCCAGGUCUUGUAUAUUUGUGAGCCUGAAACUGGCAUAAUUUUUAGUUCAUGUGUUCUCUUGUCUUAAUAGUUUAAGGUGUGGAUCCCUCCAUUAUGGAGCAUCAUGCUCUGUUAACACCUUCCUGGGCCUGAUUUGGCCCUUUGUAGCUGCUACUCUCUUGUUCCUUUAGCAUCUUCCAAUAGUGUGGGCUUCCUUGCACAUUCUCACAGUCAUAGUACCACAAUACUGUUGUUUUCCAGCAACAUGCUUAACAUGUUUUCCCUCUGGAAAGAAAAAAUUAGGUUAGGCUUGUGGCUGGUGUAGAUAAAUACUUUAUAUUGGAAUGGUUUUUGCUAACUCUUGAAGUUUGAAGAAUUGGGAAAGAUUAUCGUGUAUCAUGCCUACAGAAUUUAGUAACUAAUGCUCCUGCUCAGCUUGGAAACUACCUUUGAGAAAGGAUUUUGGGAAGAGAGUUACUGGUUUUUGCCAGGGAGCUAAACUGAAUGUACAACUUCCACUAGAAAUGAAGGCCAGAUCCUAGCAGGGACCCCAACAGCUCUGCAGAAGAUGUGUGUGUUCAAAUGUGUGUGAGAAAAAUAAGAUUCUUGGAAAGAUUUGUUUACAUAAAAUGUGGAAAAUGAUAUUUUGUAACAGUUGGAUUCUCUUUCCACUUCCAAUUUCUGUUGGGAUAUUUUUCUAGCAAAUAAGCCUGUGACGGCCUCUAGACAAGAUAUUUCAAGAACAGCAUCUAAAAUGAGAGACACAUAUAUUCCAAAAAUGCAUCGUUUUUAUCAUAUUGAAUAUUUUCUUCUGCCCGAUGAUGUUGAACCCCGAAAAUUAGAUUUGGUGCUAUUUGGUCCAGUGGCUAAACUGUUUCUGGAAUCAGAAUCUAAGGUAAGAAGAACAAGCAACAUUUACUAAUAUUACUGAAAUCUGAGGAAAGGGGUUACUGCACAGCAAUUUAAUCCUAUAUGGUUGGUCUCCUUGGAUUCCAGACUGGUUUCAAAGGAUUUUUGAAAUACUUACUCUGUGUUCUUCUGAGGUUUCUAUAAAACAACUUAUAACAAACAUUUAUGUACAAAAUACUGCCCUGAUUGUCAGUAGAUAUUCCAAAAGUUAUUUUCUUUGUCUCCAGCUUCAAUACAUAUAACCUGGAUUAUAUCUUAUCAGGUGAACCUAGCAUCUGUUCCCACGUGUCUCUUCUGAAUCUGUUUCCCACUAACUUCAGGGGGUUCAGUAGAUCCAGGUCACUUAUUGCUGACUAGAUUUCAGUUAGUUUCAGAAACUUGGCUUAGUGGUAAAGCACAUGAUCUGCAUGCAGAAAGUUCCAGGUAGUUUCCCUGGUAUCUUUACUUGAGACCCUGGAAAGCCACCUGUGACCCUCCACAUGUUGUUGACUCAAAUUCCCAGCAGCCCUAGCUAGCAUAGCAGCCAGUGGUAAGGGCUGAAUUCCAGCAACAUCUAGAGACCACAGGUUCCACUCCCUGGGCUAGAUAGGCUACAUAGACAAAUAUUUGCUCCUGGCAUCAGACAGCGUCUUAUGUUACUGUUGAUAUGCAGCGAGAGGAGAUUAUGAUUUGUUUCUUGAAAAGUUCAGCUGUGUUUGUUUGUUACACAUCUUUCCUACUCCUCCUUCAGGAAGCUUAGGGCGUCUUAUGUAAGAAUCACUCAGCCCCUGAACAGGCAGAAACCUGACACAGCCUUCACAGGCCACUUCCUGGCCUGUUCUCUAGUUUUAAGUCCUGCUUUUCAGCUGGAACAUGUGCAAGUAAUCUAUGGAUCCUGAAGAAGUUAGAUACCAACAUAGCAAUUCAAGCAGCUUUAGAAAUAAUAGCCAUUAAUUUCAAAUAAUGCUUUCCCACACUGAUACAAAUGUUGCUAGACUAUCACUCCCAUUAUCCCUGCCAACUGAGGCUGACAGGAGUCAGGCAACACCUGACACAGUGUUCCUAUCCAUUUCCUGGAUUGUCCAAGGCAGUCUGGUUGGAUAGGUUUCCUUGACCAAUGAGAACAAACUAAAAGUGGCUGCAGGUCAGUGUAGAGGCCUGACGGACUGCAGUAUUGAAAGCUUGACGUUUUCCCGCCAUGGUGUUUCCGCAGUUGAUAUCCCUCCUUUGGCUGCUAUGAGUGCUGCUGUGGAAGAGAGAUGUGCACUUUGUGUGGUACCUGCCCGUCCCCCAUUGCUAAAAGCAGCUUCAGGGGGCACCCUCCUCUUCAGUGCAUUCUCAUACUACAGUUUUCUCCCCUCAAAGCUGUUUUAAAGCUUUGAUAAAAAGCCUCAAGAGAUACUAUCACAGAUCUCUGAAACCCAUUUUCCUGUGGGAUUCUCACACCUCCUAUCCAAUUUUAACUCCUGGCAUUCUUGAUGUUUAAAAUCAGAACAAAAGUAAAGCUUUCCUUUUUAAGAGGGAAGUGUUAUUUCUCUCAUAAUUGGGUUUGUAAAUCACUGCUAUUGACUCUGCCUUUUCGGUGGUUUGCAAACCUGAUUGUGAGAGAAACACCACUUCCCUAAUCCAUUCAGGUGGUGGCUCCUGUGCAGUUUAAGAAAACAAUCAAAAUUAGUAGCAGCUGCUUCUUUUAAUUCUGCAUGCAUGUGUCACAAUAGUUCCUGUGCCGGGGAUACAGUAAUGAUUGUGCUGUGCUGUCCUUCCUCUCCUCUCCUCCCCUCCCUUCCCCAAAUUAUAUUGUAAUAAAGAGAGCUUGGAGAGAGCCUGAGUAGGGGAGGAAGAGAACAGAGAAGAGGGGGAACAGGGAUUGUGAAGUGGGGGGUAGCAGUCUGGAUGGUGGGAAACAGUUGGCACAAGAAAUUGGGAUAAUAAUAAUAAUAAUAAUAAUAAUAAGAAGAAGAAGAAGAAGAAGAAGAAGAUUAUUAUUAUUAUUAAUAAUACCCCACCCAUCCUACUGGGUUUCCCCAGCCACUCUGAGCAGCUCCAGCCACUCUGCGAGGCUUUGGGAGAAUCCGUACAGGCCAUAUAGGUUUUGGGAAAGAUUAGAGUGGUGAAUGCUUUGGAGGGGUGUUGUUGGGAAGGGAAAGCUCUUGUAGUGUAGUUUGUAUGAGAUACGCAACUGAAACAUGCUGCUGUACCUCUUUACAUUUUUACAUUUCCCCUGUCUCUUCCUUUCCUUUGCUCUUGCUUCUUUCUUCCUAUUCACUAUAUCAGCCAGGGACUCCAAAAGACAGUGAGCGGCCCAAGUCGAAAAAGGCAUCCGCGCUGCAUAUUUCAGUGAGUGCAUAUAAGAUUGUAAGACAGCUCUAGAAAUAAGUUUAUGCCUGCUAAAUAUGAGGUGGAGAAUGCAGGAGCUUGCUAUCCUGUUGGCCUGUACUCAAGGAUGGUGGCAGAACACUCUCUUAUGUGGUGGCGCCAUUUAAUCACGACUGUUCCAUUGAUGCUGAACUAGAAAGAUGUGGCCAGCGCCAUAUUCCAUUCCAAGAAAUUGCUGAUUAUAUUUGGCUAUUGGCAGUGAGACUAGAGAGCGCCGUAGUUUCUCUUAACGAACAUUGCUUUCUUAAUGAUAGCGUUUUGUUAUGACAUCACACAAUACCUAUUGCCAACGGCUCUCGUCAGGCAAUAAUGAAAUCAUAAUGAUAUCACUGUGUACUAUAUAGGACUAUUCCCUGGAGGAAAGUGGGGAGCAAAGUUGACUUGCCGAUUUCCCCUUCCUCUUGCGCUCCUGAGAGGCUGCUCCAGAGGGUUGGAGUAUCGUCUGGAAUAGCAUGGGAAUUAGGAUAGAAGGCUGCAGAGGGAACUGUUGAAAAAUGCUUCUCUUCCCUACUUCCCUCCAACAAGAUGUUGUCUCUUUGUUCAUUUGCUACAGCUGAUCUCCAAAUAUAGCAAGAAAAUGGUAAAAUUGUGGAAUAAGAUGGCAAAUGCUAUUGGACUUUGGACUCUACCGUAUGUUGCUCCUACCCCUUAGAAUAUAUUUUCUCUCUCCUGCAUAUCCAAACCAGUACCUUUUCCUCAUUAUGAUCCCAUGAACUUCAGCUUUAGUUUUGCAAACAUAAAAUUCACAGGAUCUGAGCACAGCAGGAAAAGUGGGAUUUCUCAUAGGUAUAAGGCAGCUUCAGAUGGCUAUGAAUCAUAGUUUUGGGUGAAGGCAAGUCACCAGAACACAACCUUCAUAGUAAGAUAUGACUCAAUAUUUUGAGAGAAUUCAAUUUUUUUAGCCCUGCUCAAUCUUAAUGUGGAUUUUAAUAGUUAAGAAUAUUACAGUUUUAUGUCUUUCCAGUUGGUGGCAAGGGGAGGAAUAACUAAUGCUUUUAAAAAUUCAUUAUUUCUUCUCUUUAAUGUUUUGGUGUUUCAUACAAUAUAUUUUCAAGCUCCAGUAAAGUUGUCAGGAUUUUGUGGCUUGUAAGCAUGUUUGGAAAAACUAUUGUGGGCACCACCACAAAAUGAUUGCUGUUAGAGCCCUACAAGUCGCAAAAGGCUAUUGCCCAGUCACAAAGGUGAAAUGGCUUUCCCAUAAAACAAGGUAGAGGUUGAGUCCGAGGCCCAAACUACUGUUUGACCCUGAAAAGGACAAUGGAAUGCUCCUCACAUAAAGAUCAUACCCACCCCACACUCCAGCAAUCACAUUCCUGCAGAACUACAAGCCACACCACGUUGCAACCAUAUACAAGAUAAAAUCCUCCAUUACUCUGCACUGUCCUCCUCCUCCCCCGCACCUGGAAAAUUAGGGAUCUUCCACUCACUCACAUGCUCCUGAUGGUGAUAUCCCAUUGAAUCAAAUAGGGCCCUUUUCUUUUCUUUUUUUUUUGAAAAGGAAAUUUUCAAAAAUUGAGGACUGAUUCGGGUUAGGACAUGGGGAGUAAAAGGCCUUUAACUUUCUGGCCUCCCACUAUGGUCUCAAUCCAAACUGGCUCCCUUCCCAAACCUGCAAUUUACAAUAUAGAAAAGGACCCGUUUGGUUCAGUAAGACCUCUUUUUGCAAUGCAAGGUGGGCCUAGUCAAAUUCAGGCCUGCAAUGGAGGCAAAGCUCUAGGAUACUGAUGCUGACAAUAGGUAAAAAUGCUUCUUGGCUUCCGUUACUCCCCCCUGCUACAGGUUUUCUUCCGCCACACUCCACUGACCCACAACAACUCCCUGCUUAUGAUGCUGAAGUCCCUUUUUGUCCCAGCCCCCCUUUUUUAAAAAAAAGGUAAAUUGGGCUGCCCUCAUGCAGGAAAGCAAAGGCCAGGCCUUUGGCAACUCUGAUCACUCUCCCUUCCUUUGUGUGCUUCUGUGUCACAUGGAGCCCAGAGACAUAAUGUGGGAAAAUGGGGGAUAGAGUGGAGCAAUUGGAGGGUAAAAUAAAAUUAAAAAGCACCAAAAACCAGGAUGUCCAGGAGGGCUUUGGUGGGUACUAAAGAAGGGACAGCAGUUCUCGGCAACCCCUGUAAGUUGCCCAGUUUAUACUGUAUUUUUUGCUCUAUAAGACUCACUUUUUCCCUCCUAAAAAGUAAGGGGAAAUGUGUGUGCGUCUUAUGGAGCGAAUGCAGGCUGCGCAGCUAUCCCAGAAGCCAGAACAGCAAGAGGGAUUGCUGCUUUCGCUGCGCAGCGAUCCUUCUUGUUGUUCUGGCUUCUGAGAUUCAGAAUAUUUUUUCCCCUGUUUUCCUCCUCCAAAAACUAGGUGCAUCUUAUGGUCUGGUGCGUCUUAUAGAGCGAAAAAUACGGUACAUCUUAAGUUUCUUUUGAAAUGCAGAAAGAAUAAUUGUGGCCCCUAAUUUAUUUAUUUUUAAACGUGUUUUUUUUUUAAAAUAAAUAAAAAAAAUAGGUUGUGAGACCAUGGCUUGAACAGGACCAGAUAUGGGUGUCAUGGAAUCAUAGUGUUGAAAUUAAUGUUACCACCGACUUCCUAAUGAAGCUAAGAGAUCAUAGUAUAAAGCUGAGAUUAUGGGACACCAAGGAUAAGGUUUGUUCAAAAGCCAAGUAUAGUAAAGCAAAGGCUGCUGCACCACCAUCAGAUCAAGGAUCUCUUGAAGGUAAGCAGAGUAUUUAAGUAACAAAAUACUUUAUAAACGCUAUGUGCAGAUAAAGGAAUUAGCAGUUUGGUUUUCCAACUCAGUGCAGUAAUGCAUUCGGGUUUUCCUCCCAUUUUGCAUGGGUUUGUUGUUUGUUGUUUUUGUUUUUAUGAUAACUGAAGAAUGUCCUUGGAGGGCACAGGCUGCUGUGGUUAACCCUGAGCUGGUCUCAGUUUAGUCACUGCCUAGAUGCAAGACUAUAUUGAAGCCCCAUCCAAAUCAGUUGAAAGAUUCCCAUCCGAUUUUGUCCAAUUUUCUUCUAAAACCUUAUGAGAAAAGAGAUUCCUCCACAGGCACUGAUGGUCUGUUGCAAGUUGCAGAAUUGCAGAAUUCAGAACUGCCAGAUUCCAUGUGUAAAAUCAGUUUUAAAAUGGAUUACUCCUCCAUCCUACUCCUGAAUACCCAAUAUACUUGCCUCCCAUGCAAAUAUCUGUUGGUGAACUCUUGAGCCUUUGCUAGUAUAGACAUAUUUUACUUUGCAGAAAACCCCCCAGAAAACUUCUGUUCUUAUUUAGGGUUUUGUUGGGAACAUAGCCUGGUAGGUUUCAGGGAUGAUUGCUUUGUAUGGUGAAUCAGAAAAACUGGAAACUGGGCCUUCUUCACACAUAACAUUAAUCCAUAUUCAGAAAUAAAACAUGGUACAGUUGCUUUUGCUCUCCUGUUUGGAAGAAACAACCAGAAGGCUUGGCUUAGCAUUAUGAGUGAACCAGGGCUUGUGCCCCCUCCCCCAACACACACACACAGCAUCUCUGAGUAGUAAGAUAGGAACAAACCAGCAAACUUCUCAUUCAUAGUAAGCCAUAGUUUUAUUUUUGACUAUGGCCUAAUAAAUGAAUGAGAACAUGACAAGGUAACCACAUAUUAACAAACUCAUGAGUCCUGAAUGUAAUUUCUUCUUACCUUUCCUCCCCUCAAUGUACAGUAAAGCAUAUGAUUUCGCUUCAAAGAAACUUCCUGGAACAAUGUCAACCCAAAGCCAGUUACACAAAAAUUAAACCACCAGAAGUGUCCCCCAUAUCAGAGAAGUCAGCAAUUGGCACUAUAGCAGGUACAGUAGUAUGAGUGUGGUGCUACAUUAUGUGACUAUUCUACAGAAACAAUGAGCCAUCUCACUGUUUCAGCCUUCAUUGUUGCUUGAACUUGUAUAACAUGUUACAGUGGUACCUCUGCUUAUGAACUGAAUUCAUUCUGGAGGUCCGUUCUCAAGCUGAAACCGUUCUUAUCCUGAGGCGUGCUUUUGCUAAUGGGGCCUCCUGCUGCGCGUGCGCCUCUGGCACGCAAUUUCCGUUCGCAUCCUGGGGCAAAGUUUGCAACCAGGAGCAGCUACCUCUGGGUUAGCGGAGCUCGUAACCUGAAGCGUUCGUAACAAGAAGCAUUCGUAACAAGAGGUACCACUGUAUUUAGCAACAGUGGGUUGGAUCCAGACUUGCUCCUAUUGUUGGAGAAGUAGAGAUGUCUUUCGCUGAUUUGCCUACUCCCCCAGGGCCAUCUCCAUGUUAUUUGGGGGCGGGGAGCUUCCCCAACCCUCUGGAGCAGGCUGCAGCCCCUUCAGGAAUCAGCCAAAAUUGUCUUCUCCUUUCCUCCGUCAGAGGCAUUUCUCCACUGGAUUAACAGCUUUCUGCAGAGCGAAGGAUGCUUUUCAUUUGUGGGAGACAAACUCUGACCAGAUCCAAGAUACUAUUUUAUAGUCUCUUUUAUGGCACAGUUCUGAUAGCAGCUCAUAACUAUUGAAAGUUCAGUAACAAUAAAAAUAAGCAUGAAAACUGUGGAGAAAGUAAAAAACAGAGUAAAGCUAAAACAGAUUUAAAAAUCUGGGAAAAUAAGAUCUUUCUGGCUACAAAAUAGCAUCAGUGUAUUUAUCUGGCGAGGAUAUUCCAAAGUUUGGCUGCUAUCUCCUGCAAUCACCCACCACACCUUACUUCAUGGGGGCACUCUUGCUCUCCCAUUUUAACUCCGUUUAUACUCUGAUCCAUCCCAACUCAUUACCAAGAGUUUUGUAACUAAAGCAAGUAAAGGUAGAGACAAAUGACAUUGUUGCAGAGUCCUUUGGCUAAGGAGAAUUAAUGUGAUUGUAUUUCCAUUAACAACCACCUUGUCUUUGGAGUUGUGUAAAAUAAUUCACCCAUUUUUAAAGAUUAAUUCCAGUUUUAAGUGUUUCCAUAAUUUUCACGCGGUACAUCCACUCAAUUCUGUCAAAUGCCUCCUUUGCAUCAAUGAAGUAUGUAUCUGUAAAUGGUCCAUUUACAAUUGCUCUUAUUUAUUUGUAAAAGUAUUUAUAUGCCAUUCUCUUGCAACACAUCAGCAACAUAAAAACAUUUAAAACCAAUACAGAACAAUAAUUUAAAAAAUGGGCUGUUCAAGAAAAUUGUAAACAACUGCAGAGGCCUGUAGUCAUUAAAGUCUUCAAAAGUCUGAAAGUCACAAGUGAGGAUGCUUGCUGAAUGACUUCUGGAAUAGUGUUCCACAGCCAGGGACUAAAUGCCUGACUUCUGGCUGAGGCCAGUUGGGCCUUUGUAAUACGGGGGGCAACUCGCGGUGAUCGUCAAGAUGAUCCCAGUGAUUGGGCUGGGACACAAGGGCUCAGUUGGUUGGAGAUGACUCAAGAACUGUUCAGAUAAAUUUUGUGUCCCUUGAGUUUUCUAAAGGUAACUCACGAAGAAAAGACAUUAUUUAACUCUCAGUUGAGAAAUUUGAAAAUAUAAAAGGGGAUAAUUCUAGUUUCAAAGUGAAAAUGCGCCCUGUCUCAUAGCAGGCAACAUCUUAGAAAAUACAUUCUCUCCUUUUUAAGAGAGGACCAUUGGUUCAUCUAGUUCAGUAUCAUCAUGCUGACUGGCAGCGGCUCUCCAGAAUUUCAGACAAGAGUCUUUCCCAGGCCUACCUGAAAAUACCAGGGACUUUCUUCAUCAGUACACAUGCUCUACCACUGAACUAUGCGCCUUCCAUAAGAAUGCCUCUUUACAAUGGUGCUUUCCAACUCCUGGUUUUAGAUGUAGUAUUAUUAUUAUUAUAUCAUCAUCAUUAUCAUUAAAAAUGUCUUCCAUAUUAAUUAGUGGUUCUUUUUUUGUUUGUUAUCUUUGUGUUUUUAUAUUGUAAGUUGCCCUGUGAUCCUCAGAUGAAGGGUGGUGUAGAACUUUAAUAAAUAAAAUAAAAACUUUUACUUUUAGUCAGUUAAGUGCUUUUUAAAUUAAUUAACCUAUGACCAGUUAAUCGAACAGUGCAGCCCUAAUUAGUAUUGUGUAUGUUACAGGUUCUCCUGGUUCGGCUGCAAGCAAGCCUCUGGAUGAAGACUCUUUCAUUGAACAAAAAACUUCCCGUAAAUCUAUUGUGGGUGCCCCAGCUCACUCGCUGAGGUAAAUCUCUCCAGGGCAUAGGGCUAUUGGAACAAUUUCUGUUUCUACUGGGGCAUGCACGUACUUCUUUAAAGAAAACUGAAGUCAGCUGUUUUUUUCCAGAUGUCAUGUCAUGUCAUUUAUAUAUUGAUUUGAUUUAUAUACUCCCAAAAGAACCUGGGGCUGUAAUUUAUACUUAGACAUUGACAUCUAUAGAACUUGUUUAAGAUUGCAAAGUUCUUAUAGCUUUAAAAUGCAAGACCAAUAGCGAUGUAUUUUGCAACAAGCAAAUUCGUCUCUUUUUAAAUAUAUAAAUUGAGUCAACAGCUUUUGUCACUACUAAACUCUUGUUUUCUUGUUUACCGUCUUAAUUUGCAACAUUUCCCCUUUGGCAAGCUGCCAAAGCACUAGACUUAGUUAAGUUUGUUGGUUUAAAAAAAGCAAGGGGGUUUAUCUUGUAGUCUUUAGCUUCUACAAGUCUGGGCAGACAGAGGUAGUGCCUCAUUUUCUGAGGCAGAGGAUGGUGGCAAGGCUGUCUUCUCUAGCUGGGAGGGCCCAAAGUAAGGUACCGGUGGUUCUUCCCUCGAGGAAACCGCACAAAACUUGUCCUCAUCCAAGUCCUCAGCCAAACUGCAAAAUUUCCAGUGGUGGGUCACAACACAUUUAUGGAUCUCUUCUUGUCUCCAGUACUUUAAUCCAGGAGGUACAAAGAGGGGCCAGGACUGCUUGCUGCCACCAACUCUGUGCCGUUUCUCCAUAGUGCAAAACUUAGUGGCUGCUUUCAUGUGCCUCUCUCCACAAUUUUUGUAAGGCAGUGUGGGACUCAAACUGCUGAGGGCUCUUGGCAGGGGGGCCCAAGUGCUUUAUAUUCCCAGUGCCACUGAAGUAGCUUCUGGAGACUGAAGUAGUUUCUUGACACUACCUGGUAAUGUCUCAAAAGGAUAAUGCAGCUCAUCAUUGUGGCCAAGCCAGAUGGCUUAAGGAAUCAAUGGGUGCAUGUUUGACUCUGUAUCACUUGUUUGAGUCUGAGCAACAUGUUGUGCUCAAUAGCUAUGCAGGCUUCUCUUCUUGCCUGUCCUUGCCUCAUCCGUCCAGUGUGUUUAUGCUACCACCAGCCUGUCUGUGACCUGCAUCUAGCCCUUGCUAUUGGUUUAUGUCAGGGACGUCCAACUCCCGAGAGAUGGCAAUCUACUCACAGGAAAAAAAUACUGACAGUGAUCUACCCCUUUUUUGGGGGGGCGGUUCAGGCCAAAGUUGCUGAGGUAUUUUUAGGGAGGGAAAUGUCAGACUACACUAAAGGGAAAAGGGGUUUAGUCACUCACCAAAAGAUCGCUAUGGAAACAAUCUGCCUCAUAGCCAAAACUACGUCUCCCGUUCAAGCGAUUAUGUGGAAACGGAGGGCGGGGCGAGGGAGCGGGGGCAGAUGCUCUUAGGCAAAAGCAAAGGAAAAGGAGCCUGCAAUCGACCAGAACCUCCCGGGAAUCGACCCGUCGAUCCCGAUCAACCUUGUUGGACAUCCCUGGUUUAUGUGAUGUGGAACAUGACUUUUGUCUUUCCUUGGCUAUGUUAUCUACCUCUGGCCCUUCGGAUCUCAGUCUGCUUGUACCAGGAUGGGCAAGUGGCAGCCUGACUCCAAGCUUGGCCAGGGCCUGAUAUCUGGGAAAAAGCAAGAGGGAAGGAAGCCGGGAGAGGCUGGGUUGCACUCAGUCUAAGUACUCUGUUGGUAGCUAGAUGAAGAGACAGAGGCAGCAGCCAUAACAUGCUCACUUUUUAAUCAUUGCAUCUUGGGAUAGAUUACAGAGCUGGCUAUUGUUUGUUUGUUACUUUCUUCCUUUGACAUUUUCAGAUGACCUUUAAUUUCUUGGAAAAGUAGGGGGAAAUUGAACUUUUGAAAAUGUUCUUCAUUUCAGGCACAUUCCUGUACUUCAGAUUUAUUGUAGUGCUAUUCUCCUUGUCAGCCACCCAGCUGAUAGGGUGCUGUAAAAUACAGCUUGAUGACGGCCACACUGUAGGAGUGUAUGCAAGUAACAUGACUGGUUUUAUUUCAAGAGAUGUUUUAUGAGAGUUGAGAGAGAUCCUUAGCAUAAAAAUGUUUUUCCCCCACCCAUACUAUCUUGCCAGCCUAUUGCAAUGUAUAUUGACUGCAUUGUGGAGAAGCUGCUAAUAGACAUUCAGGCAGGUUUUGCAUGUGCAUCUGGUGCCUUGUAAAUCCUUUUCGUUAGCGGCUCUCCCCCUGAACCACAAAGUGGCUUUUAUUAGGUGAAAGGAAGCUUGAAUGCAGUUUGGCAGGGGAAGGGGCUUCUGAAUCGGAAAGAUGUGAGGAAGCUCAGGUGAGUGCAUAGGACCAUGGAUUGCUGCUAUCUGUUGCAACUUGGAAAGCGAUUCCUAGUAAACAGCUGAAUAAUGUUCAUAGGACAGAGGUGUUGAUGUAAAAUACUACUUUAAGCCACUGGGUAAUAUUAAUGUUUGUUGCAUGGGGUUAAGCUUAUUUUGAUUUUUGAGAAAAUUGUACAGUGUGCUUAAUCUCCUCCUGCUGCUAUUUUAAGAUUUCUUGAAUUGCUGCGUCUCCUUUCUUCAACAGUACUUAGUUCCUGCUUUGUAGACUAAAUACCCAUUUCCUGGUCUUGUCGUUUGAAGUCCAUGCCAAUUCAAUAAUUUUCUCUUCUUAUUUUCCCAGUAGGAAAACAGUCUCACAGGAUGAUAAUAAGCAUAUUAAGAAAAGCCCACGAGUCCAAUUUUUGUAGACAUUUUUAAAAUACAAGUUACAUUAUUUUUGACUGGUACUUAGAAAGUGGAGUUACACCAUUUUAUUGCCAGAUAACUUGGGUGUGGUAGAUUUGGCAUCUCCAAAAACCUUACAGACAUAAGGUUUGCAGCCAAACAAAAUGUUGUCUUUAUCAGGGCAACAUCACACAUUAUGCUAUACUGGGCAUCACAGGAAUAUUCCCCUGUCAUUGCAAGCAGAUUUGCUGGCACAAAUGUUUGGAUAGAGUGCCAGAAACUAAAGUCCUAUUUAAAGUUCAUUUAAUAGUUCUUUGACUAUUAAUGAUGCUUUGCACUGCAGGACACCCUGAUUCUAUAAUUGGAGGAUGGUGGCAGAUGGUUGGCAUUGACAUAAAUCACAAGUGGCUUGGUACAAGUUGAUCAAAGUUGCAGUAUAUGUCUGAUUCCUCUCAUCUAGCUAACAUAUUCCAAGAACCAUUAUUCUUGGCAGUGUGUAGGGUAAGGCAUGCCAGACAUGACAUUUCAGUUUCACUAAGUGUGGGAUAUGGUCUUAGGUAAGAGCAUCCUCCACUGAACAAAACAAAAAACUGAAUUAAACCUUCCGAAGAAAAGCUAAUGGACAGUAGCUAAUAAAUCUGGUUCCUUGCUUGGUAAAAUGUGAUAAUGCAAAACACUGCAGGUUUCCUUGUCUGUACUUCACAUCAUUAGCUCUGCAUAUGUGAUGGGGCAAUUCACAGUGGAUAGAAGCAUCAUUUGCAAAUUUUGUAUUGCUAGAUGUUUCCAGGAUGGAAGGAAAGUAGAGCAGAAGUGGGACUUAUUCAUAAUAAGAAUAAUAAUAGUUUUAUUGUUUAUACCCUGCCCAUCUGGUUGGGUUUCCCCCAGCCACUUCCCAGCCGCUUACCAUUUAUGUCUUGUUCUGGACACUGACAUCGGAAAGCAAGUUGGUUGACAUAAAAUGCAUGGGUACAUUUUAAGUGAGGCUUAUAAAUACCUUCUUGUGUAGGUAGACAUAGUUAGGAAGAAAUAACACUAGGCAAUUGGGCAGGGACACUUUUUUGAAAUGGAGAGUGCUAAAAGCCUUUUUCUGUCUGGCCAUUGAUGUGUCACCAGUAACUAAGUGUGGGCAGUUGAAAAUGUAUAGCAAGGGGGCCAUUGCCAUUGGAGGCGCACUCUGGCCCAGUUUGCAUGACACAGUAACUAUGGUGCUGUCAUAGUUAAUAGUUGACUGUGAAUGUCGGGAUGGUUCCUGUUUCAGUUCUCCCCUACUACUAGUGGGAACAAUAAAACUAUCAUGCCUGCCUCAGUGUUAUGCCUGAAGUGGGGAUUGUGGUUUGCUUCACAUCAUGUUUGUUUGAAAUGAAACAAGCCUCAUCCCCCUAUUAACUAUGGCUUACUGUGCCGUGUCAACACAGCGGUCGUCCACAGUUUUCUUCUAGGAAUUUGUGCACAUGGGAAGCAUCUGAUCUGACUUGGUCUGCUGUUGCCCAAAUAAUUAUCUUAAGGAGGGCAUAGCACACAGCCUGCUGCUUCCACAGUAAAACUGCAAGACCAGUGGCUUGUGGGCAACACCCUAAUAGGACAAGUAGCAACAAACCCCUGUGAGCCAUGAAGUCAGGUACCAUAAUGUCUGCCAUGAUGUCUCAUAGGUGGGGUACCUUAUUAAGUUAGUCAUGGAGAAAAGUCAGCUAAAAAAAAAGAAUAUUGACAUUGUACUGCAAUUGAUAUAAUUGGUGAUAACAAUUAAAUAAUUCUUUUGCAAUGUGUGACAUGCUAAAGAUCACGAACAUUUGGUCUUCCAAAAGUCAGAGCUGCAGCCCUAUCACAUCCACAAUUUUGUUACAUAUAUUCAGUAGAUUUUUUUGGGGGGGGGGUAAAAUAUGAGUUGCCAGUACUCUUAAAUUGAUAAAAGUGCUUUGAGUGCCAGCAGAAAAAAUCUGCUACUCUGUACCGGUGAUUACUGUCACAAAAAAGUCUUGCAAAUAUCACAUCUGGCGAACAACAUACAUUCCUGGACAGAAAUGCUAUUUUUGUCUUAGCACACAGUCUUGGUGUGCGUGGGGGAUGAAGAACAUUUCAACCACAGUAUUUCAGGGUUUUUCCUCCCCUUUCAGCUCCAGCAAAAAAAAUCUCAGUGGGAUUGUAAAUUCCCACAGAUGGUAUUGCAACCUCUGUAGUGUUCUGCCUGUAAUGGGCAGGUGAGAAUUUGUUUCUAAGAAGCCCAGCAAUAAAUCCUUAAUUGUGACAGUUGUAACACGUACCAUGUACCUAUUAGCUUCUUGCUUUAAUUGCAACACCUGGAGAUUCUUAUUUAUUAUUGGUCAUCUCAGAAGUAUUCCGGCCUGUUGCAGCAGCGUUUGAAAUUCCCAUUGUUCUAGGCGCAUUUUGCGACAGGGAAUUUCAUAAACGUGAGCAGUUUCUGAGCUCUGUGCCGAAGAUUUCAGAUUAAAAUUGCCAUUGUUACUCAGAAGUAAAUUCCAACCAAGUUCUAUAGGGUUUCGUCCUAAGUAAAACCCAACAUGUUUUGUUUAGGUUUUAGUUGCCUUGUUUCAUGUACUUUUAAUGUAUGAUGUACUUUCAAUUUGAAAUACACUAGCCAGUUAGUUACAGUGAUGCUUAAAGUCAAAACAAAUUUUGGAGUGGGAUCAUUGAAGGACACUUAAGUCUUAGGUUUGCGAACUGGACACUCAAGAUGGGUGUCUGUGCCAUCAGUUGUAUAGGCCUUUAAUAUGCGUUAAUUGUGGUGCCAAAAAGAUUUGUUUACAUGAAGGAAAUGGGGUGUAGGGAGAAUCCAGGGCUUGUCUGUAAAGUGGAAGGAAAGGAGGACCUUUUUCUGCCUCCCCACUUCCAACCACUCUCUGAAGACUGCAGAAGGAAGCCUCUUAAGAGUAUGAGGGAGGCAGGCAGGGGAAGCAUGGCUUUGUUUUUUGAAGGCUUCAGAUGAGGACUGGGUCAUGUGAAAAAUGAACAUCAGAUUUUAGUUACAGUUCAUUCGUUUUCAGCUUUGUAUUUUUGUUAUAAAAAAGUGCACCUAUUCCGUUGUUGCACCCAUAACUUAGGUCUAAGGUGCAAUUUAGCUCCUAGUUUUCAUACCUCAGUUUCUAACACUGUGCUGUAGGAAAGAUUCAUUUCUGCCACUAAUGCAAAUGAAAGCACCAUAGUUAUUUCAGCUUUGAAUUGUAAUGUUUCCUAUUUCCUACCUGUGUAAUAGCUUAUAUCCACCAGUAAAUGUAGGUUUUAUUUUAUAUUUAGGGCGCUCUUGAGGCAUAGAACUGAUUUUACCAUUGUUUUGACUAAUGCCUAAUUGUGGUACACAUUUGAAUUAUUCAAACACCUUCUAUAUGAGAACUGUGUGGGCCACAAGGGGGUAGACUUGGCUUUCUCUUGCCAAGUGGAAAUGCUAAAGUAUUCGCUGCAAUAUUUCACAUGAAAAUAAUUUGUUUUUAUAUGGCAUAAUAGGGGGAAGUUCUACACUGGUCAACUCUUGGCCAUUUCUAGCAUAUCAAAUAUGGUUAAUUAAGUUGCAGCCUGUUUCUGACGCUUCAUUCUGAUUUUGCAAUACUUGUAACCCCAGCUCAGUCUUCUCUGCUCCCACUAGUAAAGGAAGUAACUGGAAGUCUCAGGGGCAAGGUUUCGAGGUACCUUAAGAUACAAGCAAAAGCCAUCAUAAUACUGCAGUCCCUCUUAUCAAACGUGUUUGGAUUAACCAUUGCUACAGCACCUAUACCAGGAGGAUUCACAUAAGUUCAACGGAGCCUUCUUCCUUCCUCUGCAAGCACACACACAACAGUGCAACAAGCAGGUAGCACUGUGUCUAAACCACUGAGCCUCUUGGGCGUGCCGAUCAGAAGGUUGGUGGUUCAAAUCCCCGCGAUGGGUGUGCUCCCAUUGCUCUGUCCCAGUUCCUGCCAACCUAGCAGUUCAAAAGCAUGCCAGUGCAAAUAGAUGAAUAGGUGCCGCUGCUGUGGGAAGAUAAACAGCGUUUCUGUGCGCUCUGGUUUCUGUCACAGUGUUGCGCCAGAAGCGCUUUAGUCAUACCGGCCACAUGACCCGGAAAGCUGUCUGUGGACAAAUGCUCGCUUCCUCAGCCUGAAAGUGAGAUGAGCACUACAACCCCAUAGUUGCCUUUGACUGGACUUAACCGUCCAGGGGUGCUUUACCUUUUUACCUCUUAGUGUGGAAGGCACACCCAGGCCCUCUGCUUCCCAUAAUGGUCCUGUAGCACUGCCUGCAUUUGCACACAUGCAUACAUGUGUGUAGAAAGGGGGAAAGUUAUUUAUUCAGAUUUGUACCCAACCUUUCCUACAAGGGGAGCUCAAGGUAGCACACAUGGUUUUUCCCCUCCCCAUUUUAUCCACCAACAAUCCUGUGAAGUAGGUUAGCUCAGAGACGGUGACUGGCCCCUGGUCACUCGGGGAGCUCCAUGGCUGCGUCAGGAUUUGAACCCUGGUCUCCCAGGUGCUAGUCCAUCACUCUAACCACUAAACCACACUGGUGCUUUGAUGGACCUAAUGGAAGUCCUAAGUGCAUGGGUGUGGCUCUACAAUUGGCUUCAACAAGAAGAGAUUAAUUUUGAUUAAUUUCAUCUCGUCUGCCUGCAUAUAUUUUCUGAUACUGGUGAUUUAGGGUUGUAUCCAACAGUUGUUCCAUUUCCACUUCUGCUUGGCAGAACUUCCCCUUCAAGAGGCCUCCCCUGCACGCCUCUCAAAUCAGCUCUGGAGAAUGGCAGAGGACACCCAGAACAUAUCUGAGAAGUAUGAGGAGGGUGAGGAAUAGUUCUUUUGUACAAGCAGAAGUCCUUGAAUAAAUCAGAUGAUGUUGUUAGAUGCAGCCCAUGGUAUAGGUUGGUCCUGUGGUCUUGAAUGCUAGUCUCUUUUUGUUGUUGUUGCCUGUAAAUAAAGUAACAUGAUAUCACUUGGGGUGUGAAUGAGAAUACUUCAUUAUGUGGUUAUAAAUUGUGCCUCAUAUAAUUAAAGUGUUAACUACUGGAUCUGACUUGAAAGUAAGCUUUGUGAUGAAAAAGAAUUCUUCAUGAUAUGGUUAUAAAUUAGACAGAUUAUGGCUUUCAAAUAUGACAUUUGAAUCCUUUAAAAAAGCAAACAGCUUUUCUCCCAGGUGAUUUAAGUCAGAAUGUCUGAGCUGUAAAUUUAUGAGGGAGUUGUGCCUUUAGAAAUAAAACAUUCAAGUUGUGCUAGUCCUUUAAUAAAAUAUAAUCUCUUGUUCAGUGAUUUCAGGGCAUACUAAAAAUGCAGAUUUCUGGAAUUGUACUGUGAAAGAGAGCACUUUGUUAAUUUCUGCACUUGACUUGUGGCGUGUUGUUAUAAUCCUAAAUUAUAUGCAUUCAUCCACCGGAAGAUAGCCACGUGUUGUGAAAAUAGAUUAGGGUGCAGAGGAAUCCUGCAUUUGUUCAGAGAUUUGUUCUGAACCCCAUUAUGGUAGCAUUAUAUUCAUGACUUGAACAAUUUAUAUGACUGCACACAUUAAGUUGACACACAGUGCUGGGAGCCAAUUCAACAUCUUGCUUAUUUUUAGGCAUUGUCCCUUCCACUGUUGUGGACCUUUAAAGGGUUAUUUUAUUGUAUGCCCCACUUAGUCCUCCCCAAGUGAUUUGCCAGAAAAAAACCCAGCCUCCGACUACAGUAAAAUAAAGAUUAAAAAUCAAUUUAAAUAAAAUGGUACAGAACAAAGAAGCAUUAAAGCUGAAGGAGACAGCACGAAAAUAAUGGAAAUCAGCUUUAAAAUUUACCUGCUUGAAAACACAAAAACAAUUAAAAAUAAAGACAAGAAAAUGCACCUGUUUAAAAACUGGAAGAGAGUAUGUUUAACAGACCUCCCAAGGGAACCAAUUCCAGAAUUGCCACCCUAAGAAGGCCCUGUUCCUAGUAUUUGCCAACGGGUUAUUUAAAAGGCUGGAGUGCAGAGCCUCUGAUGCUUAUUUCAGGGCUUUGACAGGUUCACGUCGGCAGGUGAUCCUUGAAUUAAGCUACCUACAGGCAACUCAAGAGUUUUAAAGGUUAACACAACAUUUUAAAUUGAAACUGGAUUUGUGUAAUAGGUUCCAACUACCGUACACCUAGAAGAUUCUGGCAGCUGUGUUAUUUUCUUCUAGUUGCAGUUUCUGAACUGUUUUUAAAGCUAGCCCUGUAGAGAGCAUUGCAGUAGUUCAAGCUGGGUGUAAUUAAUGCAUGAGUAACUGAGGACACAAGGGAUGUGGUUGGCGCUGUGGUCUAAACCACUGAGCCUCUUGGGCUUGCCGAUCAGAAGGUUGGCGGUUCGAAUCCCUGUGAUGGGGUGAGCCCCUGUUGUUUGGUCCCAGCUCCUGCCAACCUAGCAGUUCGAAAGCACAUAAAAAAGUGCACGUAGAUAAAUAGGUACCGCUCCGGCGGGAAGGUAAACGGCGUUUCCGUGCGCUGCUCUGGUUUUAGUGUUCCAUUGCGUCAGAAGCGGCUUAGUCAUGCUGGCCACGUGACCCAGAAAAACUGUGGACAAACGCCGGCUCCCUCGGCCUGUAAAGCGAGAUGAGCGCCGCAACCCCAGAGUUAUUUGCGACUGGACUUAACCAACAGGGGUCCUAUACCUUUACCUUUUUAAACUGAGGACACACACACCAACCAUGUAGGAUUGUGGUUGGUUAGCCUGCCAGAGAACAUGAAAGUUCCUCUCAGUCACUGACAGUACUUAGCAUGCAGGGAUAAUGCUGGAUUCAAGCAUGCCCUUUUAAAUUGAGCUCCACUUAUAGAAUUGCUUCUUGUGGUAUCUUGUAUCUGCAUUGUUCCCUGUAUGUGUAAAAGUGCUGCUCUGUGUAGCUUAGGUUGGUCCUGGCUGUGCACACUGCAGUUCUCAUACAGAGGUCCCUGUGCAUAUAACAAGUUCUCUUGUGUUGGGAGCACUGGUAUUACAGGUUUCCAAACUCAGAGGGAGCCCUCUGCUUGUCUGUGCAGGUAGUGGGGCUUUUUCGGCCAUACAGUGAAGGUCGGGUGGGAGGGAAUGUUUCUUGCAUUAGUGCAGGAAUCCCCAAACUCGGCCAUCCAGCUCCCAUUAUCCCUAGCUAACAGGACUGGUGGUCAGGGAUGAUGGGAAUUGUAGUCCCAAAACAUCUGGAGGGCUGAGUUUGGGGAUGCCUGCAUUAGUGCCUCACCCUUGAUACGUAUUCAUUGAAUGUAGGGUUGUCACCUGUCCCGUAUAAUAAAGGAUUGUCCCAUAUUUCAGUGUAAAAUGCUAUGACCUGUAUUGAUACAGUUUUUUCCUGUAUUUCAACACACACACUUUCUCUGUCUCCCACGUUGGGAAUCCUCUCCAAAUGUAUGUGUUUGAAAGGGUGUGUAAACGGUUAUAGGAACCAUAGGACUGUAGAGUUGGAAGGGACCUCGAGAGUCCUUUGGCCCAAUCCCCUGCAAAUGCAGGAACCUUCUGCCCAACGUGGGGCUUGAACUCAUCGCCCUGAGAUUAAGAACUCUUCUACCUUUGUAAAGAUAAAGUGCUUUAUGUGUGUUGUAACACUGUGACACCAGAUGGCACUGUGGAAUCCCAUUUUUCGCCAACGGGAUUUCCCUGUAUGAAGUUUACAAUGUGCUUAACUGAAUCGCUUCUUUGAUGUGUCUAGAUCUAGCCUAAGAGUCUCAUGCUCUACUAACUGAGCCAUAUUUAAGCUCUAGGUAGCCAAGAGCAGACAGAUUUAGAAAUUUGUGUGUGUGAAAUUCCAGAGGGGGCAUCCUGUAAGACAGCAAUAGAUCAGAAUGGAUUGCUUUCACAUCAGCGCCAGAUGAGGGGGAAAUGCCCCCCAACUUCCCUACCCUGCCCUGCCCUGUAUUUUGCCAGAACAAAGGUGGCAACCCUAAUUGAAUGGAUGUAGAAUGACAGAAAGGGGAUUUUAGGAGAGGCACAUUUUAAUGCAGACUUUGCCAACUUGGUGCCCUUCAUAUGCUUUUAGUCUAGCACUUCCACCAACCCCAGCCAGCACAGCUGUCUCCCAACACAUAUGUUUUAGAGGUCUUGAAAGGUAAAGGGACCCCUGACCAUUAGGUCCAGUCAUGGCCGACUCUGGGGUUGCGGCGCUCAUCUCGCUUUAUUAGCCAAGGGAGCCGGCGUACAGCUUCCGGGUGAUGUGGCCAGCAUGACUAAGCCGCUUCUGGCGAACCAGAGCAGCGCACGGAAAUGCCGCUUAUCUUCCCACCGGAGCGGUACCUAUUUAUCUACUUGCACUUUGAUGUGCUUUUGAACUGCUAGGUUGGCAGGAGCAGGGACCGAGCAACGGGAGCUCACCCCGUCGCGGGGAUUCGAACCACCGACCUUCUGAUCGGCAAGUCCUAGGCUCUGUGGUUUAACCCACAGCGCCACCCACAUCCCUUUUAGAGGUCUUAGAGGUCAGUAUUAAAAAUAUUGGCCAUUAACCAUUCUUUCCCCCUUAACUAUGCUAGUUAGGUUUUGUGCUUCAGAAAGAAUUUCAAUAAUUGUUGAGUUUUUCAGCUAGUUGAGCCUUCAAUCUCAUUAGACAUACAGUAUGUCUCUCAAAGCCUGAAUAGGAAUCUAAAACUUGACUGGUCUGAUGAUUGCUUAGACAUUUUGAAGGAACAAUUUGCUGGGUUUUGGUAUUGGGUCUCUGUUAGCCGGCCUGAUAGGGUUCUUCUCCAUUCACGUUGGCUGUUCCACACAUUGCCUGGCAUAAUUAUUUGCUUGACUAGCAUUAGCAUAAAUCAAUUUUCACUUGAUUAUUUGGUGUGUCAGUUUCUGCAAAAUCUCAUAACACUGGUCAUAUUUCAUCUAUAUUAUACGAGUAGUCUACUUAAUGUCAUGUGAUGAUUAAUUACAUAAUUAAUUCUCGCCAAUAAAAAUAUAGCUCUUAGUGAGCUUUUUAUCAGAAUCUUUUUAACAAUCCUGUGCCAUCACUGUUCCAAAAUAUUGUAAAGCAAUGUCUAAAACUGAGACCUCCCUUGGCAUGUAUAAUUAUUUUAAUGGGUUAAUUAAGAAUCCAACAUUUUAAUAGCACACACCUUAUUAAUUGUCUCAUUAUAUCCUGACAAUAUAUCUGCUUUCAAAAAGGCAAGGAGAAUGUUCUGAGAUGAUGUUUUUUUUUUAAAAAAAUUCUUAACAUUAAACAGAAUGGCAGCCUUCUUCUGUUAGAGCAACAGAUUGCCAUGCCUUGUGUAUCCUUUCUCCCAAAGGGAGUUUCUUCCAAGGGUGUCAGAGGAACAAUGUAGAAAUUGCUUAUCCAGUGGCUUUUUAUACUUCCAACUGUCUAGCUUUGAAGAUUACUAUUGGCAAAAUUAUGGCUUGGAACCUGAGGUUCUAGUUGUUGGUGAGAGGGCCUUGUGACCAAAGCUUCUUUCACAAAAUGCUCCCGGUGGCAGAAUGGAGGAGGUGCUUUUGUUUUUCCCUUUCCCAAGAAGCCAGUUAAGCAAAAAAAUACAGUUUAUUUAGGAAAACGGAAUAUAGAAACAAAAUAAUUUUAAAAAAAUCAUUCCAGUAGUACCUUAAGAGACCAAAUAAGUUUGCUAUUGAUAUGAGCUUUCGUGUGCAUUCACACUUCAGUUACGCACGAAAGCUCCAAUAACAAACUUAGCUGGUUUCUAAGGUGCUGCUGGAAGGAAUUUUUAUUAUUAUUUUGUUUCGACUAUGGCAGACCAACACGGCUAACUACCUGUAACUAGGAAUAUAGAAAAUUAGGCAUGUAGAAAAGGCACAGAAAAUAGCAUUGUAGAUGACUUAGCUUUCUAAGUAUAAACUAGUGCUUGAAAAGCCCAUGGAUAUUCCUAGUCCACGUUAAAGAUCCAAGUGUGUCAUCCUCCAGCAAAGAGUUGCAGGGUUUAUACAAAAAGUUGGGUCUGUUCUGUAAGCAAAGCACAUCGCACCCUGCUAGUGCAAAACAUUUCCUUAUGAAAGAAGUACCGUUGAUACAUGAUGACACCACAACCCUGUGUAGGAUAGGACAGAUUACUGGAGAUGUUUGAACGCAGAAUCUAGAUCUAGAACCUAAGAGCUCUGUCCUGUGCUCAGUGAGGCAUCAUGGGUUUGACUGAGAGGUCUCUAAGCCAUCCCCAUCAUGGCUGUCUAUAUGGCAAGCUGUCUGUGUGCAGUGCCUCCCACAGGGAAGGACGGAUGUUUCCCCUCUGUGGCACCAGAAAAGCUUUCUAUUGGAAGACUGAAAUGGUGUAUAGAGAGAAUCCCCUUGGCACACCACUGUAUGCAGAUGGUUUGCUGCAUGAAGGCAGUAAACAUGGAGAGAACUUUAAAGCCAACUGGCAGCGACUUCCGGGGGGCGGCGCGAACGGUAAUGGCGGUCUUCUCCCGACCGGAGAAGAAGCUCCGCUGAAACCGGGUCGUCCGCUACGGCGAAGCGGAGACUCAACGAGAAAAACCCCAGGCAGCAAGAGCCUGGGGUCCUGAGGCUCGGCGGGCGCCAAGAGCAGCCCUCCAACUGCAGAAGGAGCCUCGUAAGAGGCUCCGGAGCGUGGAGGGGGGCUGCGGCGCUGUGAGCCGUUUCACAGUCAGCGGAGUGAAGCCGCGCUGCUGCUGCCGGUGAGCGCUGAUCCCUUUUCCUGUUAAAAUUCGGAUCUGGAAGAAAACAACUUACUCGUGAGUAAAGACUGAAUCACUUGGAAUUACAAAUUUUAAAUGAGAAGGUUUAAAUUGACUUGAAUUUGGCUGAAAGCGGAGAGACGUGGAAACAGGAAGUCCGUCUUCCGCUGCCAUUGAACUUGAAAAAAAAAAGCAACUAAAGUGGAGGAGUGGAGGCUGAAAGAAAGAGAUUUUAAACUCUACACAGCCAAGCAUCUAUGGAACUUACAAUUUAAAGUAAAAUUAGCAAGUUAAAGAUUUGGACCUUUUAUUUGCACUUGACUUUCCCCUUUUAUCGGAUUACAAAUUGGAAGGUGUAACCCAGAGUCAGGAUUGCUUGAGCACUGUAACAGUGGGCUGUCAGUGUUUGACUUGGAUACUGUAUAUCAGAAGUUGCAACAAUCUGAGGGUAUUGAGACCUUUUAAAUUUGAAACAUUCUUUUUGGAGACAAAUAAGCACUGUCUGCAACAAAGUGAUUACUUUUAAACUCUGCUUAAUACUUAUAUUGGAAGGUUCUGGGACAUUAAAUCAGACUCUGAAAAGACACUUUAAGCUCCCUCUAGAGGAUUGGAUUAAAACAGUGACUUUAUAAAAACAUUUACUUUCGAUUCUCUUGUUGUCUGCAUGCUCUGGGCCUCUCUAUUCCUGUGGGAAAACUCAGUGUGACCUUGACUGAUAGAUAACAUUGGAAUGAGUGGUACAAGAAGAAGAGGAAGAGUUAGACAAACAACUCUAACAAAUCUAACCUCAGCCUCGCAGACACGUAGAUCAUCUGUGCCUACUUUGCCCUCAGAAGUACAACUUGAAGAAGCUGCCUUGCUACAGGCAAAAGAGGGAGAGGGUGAAGUAGAGCAGUUACAAUUGGAAGAUAUGGCCUCAGGAGCAUCUGUUUCUGUGCUAGAAAAAUCUUUGAAAAAUUGGAAGCUUUGGACAAGAAAGUAGAUGCGCAAUCAGCAAAGAUUGAUAAAAAUACAGAUUGUCUAAACAAAUUAACUACACAGGUGGGACAGAAUACACAAGCAAUUGGACAGUUGACGGAGGCCUCAGUAGAAAACCGAAAAUUGGCUGAGGAUACCAGACAAAAAUUGGAAAAUUUAGAGCAAGAGGUAAGACCACUCACUAAACAAGUUGGGGAACAUCAGACUUAUCUUUCUAUGAUAGAACUGCGAAAUCGUGAGAAUAAUUUGAGGAUUAGAUCAUUACAAGAGGCAGAAGAAGGAAAUCUAACUGAGUUUUUGACCAAAGAACUUUCCAAGUUCUGGAAUUUGGAAGAAAAGGACUUUAAAAUUGUGUCAGCUUUCAGACUUGGAAGAUUUAUAAAGAAGGAGAGGCCCAGGGAUUGUUUGAUUACAUUGAGAUCGAAGGAGGAAAGGGAUAAGAUUUUGGGCCUACAUUACGAAAAGUCACUGGAAGUUUUGGAUAGAAGAAUUGAGAUAUAUAAAGAUAUCCCAAGACAACUGUUGGACCUUAGAGCCGCCUAUUCUGAACUUGCUAAACUAUUAAGGAGCAACGCAAUUCCAUUCAGGUGGGAUUUUCCCCAAGGAUUAUCUUUUACCUUUAGAGCGAGAAAGGUUAAAAUUAGAACAUUGGAAGAGAGAGAUAAAUUUUUGGCUACACACGGAGAGGACCUACAUAAAGGAAUUGAACUACCUUCCGGGCCUGAGGCAAAGCCAGCAUCAAUACCUCCACCUCGGGAACUUGAAGAUCAAGAGAAGACACCACCCCAGGAGAAAUAACCAGAUAGAUCCAGGAUGUCUCUGCAACUGUUGAGCUGGAAUAUUAAUGGUUGCAAUAUUCCGGAGAAAAGGAAGAAAAUAUUUCAUAUAUUAAAAAAAGAACAAUUGGACAUUAUUUGCUUACAAGAAACACAUGUGACGAGGCUCCACAGAAAAGUGUUAAUAAAUAAAAGAUUGGGCCAGGAAUUUAUUUCGUCGGAUAAAGUGAAGAAGAGAGGAGUGGUGAUAUAUGCAAAAGAGAGCCUGUCACCUAAAUUUCUAUUUAAAGAUGAGCAUGGAAGGAUUUUGGCUAUUGAGAUACAAUAUCAAGGAGAGAAACUGCUGAUAUUAGGAAUCUAUGCGCCUAAUGAAGGGAAAUCGGAAUUUUACAAGAAGUUGCAGGGGACAAUGCUGGAUCAUCUGGAUUACAACAACAUCAUAAUGAUGGGAGACAUGAACGGGGUCGUGUCAACUAACAUGGACAAGUCGCAAAGUCAAAACAUCACAAAAGAUGGCAGACUACCUAAAACCUUUUUGAAAUGACUGACAAUAUGGACUUGAUCGACAUUUGGAGAACAAAGAACCCACUAGGUAGAGAAGGAACAUUCUUUUCUGAAGCCCAACUGACCUGGACAAGAAUCGACCAAAUAUGGAUCUCUAGAGGCCUGGCACCUAGGGUUAGAAAAGUGGAAAUCUGCCCAAAGACCUGUUCUGACCACAACGCAGUAAAGAUGGACAUGACACUACUACCAACUGGAUCCUUUAGAUGGAAGAUGAAUGACAAUUUGUUUAGAGAUCAGGAAAUUACCAAGAAGGCCCAAAAAGUUUUGAAAGAUUAUUUUGAGAUAAAUAUGAACAAUUCGGUGGAAAAAGAAUCGUCUGGGACGCAAGCAAAGCUGUUAUGAGGGGAUUCCUGAUACAACAGAAUGUAGUAAAGAAAAAAACACAAAAUGAGAAAAAAGACAAGAUUUUGGAUAAAAUAAAAGAAUUAGAGAAGAAAUUAAGAGUGAAUCCAAAGUCACAGCCAACUCUGAGAGAAAUUAAACUGUACCAAACACAGUAUUCUAAAUUGAUAAAUCAGGAAAUUGAAUGGAAGAUCAAAUUAAUGAAACAAAAACGUUUGAGUCGGCGAAUAAAUGUGGAAAACUGCUAUCCUGGCAGUUGAAGAGAAGACAAAGAUUAAACACGGUUACAAAUUUAGAGGUUGAUGGAAGAAACAUUCAGAAUCCAGUGGACAUUAGAAAGUGUUUCCAGAGAUAUUUUAAAAAUUAUAUACCCAAGGGCCGCAAGACGAAGUUGAGAUUAAACAAUUUUUGGCAAAAAUGGAUUAUCUAAACUGUCACAAGAAAAUAGGACAAUCCUGAACUCUAAAAUAACACGACAGGAGAUUGAACAAGCUAUUCAGAACAUGCAACUUGGCAAAUCUCCAGGGCCAGACGGGCUGACCUCCAAGUAUUACAAGAUACUAAAAGACUAUUUGAUACAACCUUUGAUGGAGGUUAGCAAUGAAAUUAUGGAGGGGAAGAGGGCACCGGAUUCGUGGAAGGAAGCGUUUAUCACAUUGAUACCAAAGUCAGAAACUGAAAAGACACAACUGAAGAACUACCGUCCCAUCUCCCUUUUAAAUGUGGAUUACAAAAUAUUUGCAGAUAUUUUGGCAAGUAGAUUUAAAAAGUUUUAAAUGAAGUAAUUCAUAAGGACCAGGCCGGUUUUCUCCCAGGUAGACAUUUGUUUGCUAACACAAGGAACAUUAUUGAUAUUUUGGAACUUCUCCAAACUGACAUAAAUACAAAAGCUGUUUUAAUUUUUAUAGAUGCGGAGAAGGCCUUUGAUAACAUUUCUUGGAAAUUUAUGAUGGGAAACUUAAAAGAGAUGGGAGUGGGACGGGGUUUUGAGAAUGGGAUCGAGGCGAUAUAUUCAGAACAGAAAGCAAAACUGAUAGUUAAUAAUGUGGUUACAGAAGAGUUCAAAAUUGAAAAAGGGACACGACAAGGUUGCCCUAUUUCCCUUUGUUAUUUAUUUCGGUCCUGGAAGUGCUAUUGAACAUGAUUAGAAGGGACCAGCUGGUGGAAGGAAUUCAGGUUGGUCAGAAACAAUAUAAAUUAAAAGCUUUUGCAGAUGACCUGGUUUUGACCUUGCAGAAGCCAGAGCCUAGUACGAAAAGAGUAUUACAAUUGAUUAAUGAUUUUGGUCGGGUGGCGGGAUUUAAAUUAAACAAACAGAAAACUAAGGUUUUGGGGAAAAAUCUGACUGAGACAGAGUCAGAACGGUUUCAGAAUGAGACGGAACUUAAUGUGGUUAAAAAGUAAAAUACCUAGGGGUAAACAUAACAGCAAAAAUCUAAGUCUAUUUAAGGAUAAUUAUGAAAAAUGUUGGACAGAAAUUAAGAGGGACUUAGACAGUUGGUCAAAAUUGAAACUUUCUUUGUUAGGCCGAAUUGCUGCGAUUAAGAUGAAUGUAUUGCCAAGAAUGUUGUUUUUAUUUCAAACACUGCAGGUAUUGGACAAAAUGGAGUGCUUUCAGAAGUGGCAGAGAGACAUUUCGAAGUUUGUCUGGCAGGGCAAAAAGCCCAGAAUUAAGUUUAAGAUACUAACCGAUGCUAAACAAAGAGGGGCUUUGCCCUGCCGGACUUAAAGUUGUACUAUGAAGCCGCAGCGUUCUGCUGGCUAAAAGACUGGCUACUUCUUGAAGACACUGAUGUGUUAGAUUUGGAGGGGUUUAACAAUGUUUUUGGAUGGCAUGCAUAUUUAUGGUAUGACAAAGUUAAAGCAAAUAAGGCCUUUAAGAACCAUAUUGUUAGAAAAUCACUGUUUAAUGUCUGGACAAAAUAUAAAGACUUGCUGGAAAAUAAAACACCAAGGUGGCUUUCACCUUUGGAAGCUAAGGCUCGAAAAGACCCAAUAUGGAGGCCAAAUGGCCAAAAUAUUGGGAAAUACUAGAAAAGAUGGAGACAAUUGGAAAUUGCAGAGCUUGGAGAAAAUGAAAGACAAAGUGCGAGAUUGGUUACACUAUGCUCAGAUUAAAGAAGUUUUUAAAAGUGAUAAGAAACUAGGGUUCCAGGUGGAGAAAUCGAAAUUAGAAACAGAAUUGUUAGAACCAAAGACUAAGAUACUUUCAAGGAUGUAUAACUUGCUGUUGGAAUGGAACACACAGGAUGAAAUGGUUAAAUCGGCUAUGAUAAGGUGGGCACAGGAUAUCGGGUAUAAUAUUAUGUUUGAGGACUGGGAAAGGCUGUGGAGUAAUGGAUUGAAAUUUACUGCAUGUAAUGCUUUGAAAGAAAAUGUAAUGAAAAUGAUUUAUAGAUGGUAUAUGACCCCAGUCAAACUUGCAAAAAUUUACCACCUGUCUGACAAUAAGUGCUGGAAAUGCAAAGAGUGUGAAGGAACGUUCUUUCACCUCUGGUGGACAUGCCCUAAAGUGAAGGCGUUCUGGGAAAUGAUUUAUAAUGAAUUGAAAAAGGUAUUUAAAUAUACUUUCACUAAGAAACCAGAGGCUUUCCUUUUGGGUAUUGUCAGCCAAGGGGUGGCAAAGAAGGACCAGACAUUUUUUAUGUAUGCAACAACAGCAGCAAGGAUACUACUCGCAAAACAUUGGAAAACCCAAGAUCUACCCACACUGGAAGAAUGGCAGAUGCAACUGAUAGACUAUAUGCAACUGGCUGAAAUGACUGGCAGAAUCCGUGACCUGGGAGAAGAGAGAAUCGAGGAGGAUUGGAAGAAAUUUAAGAACUACCUACAAAAACAUUGUGAUUUGAUUGAAUGCUGAAUAAGAUGCUGGACUAAAUAACUGAGCACCACUUAACUUAGAAAUUUUUAAGGAAACAAGAAAAAUUGUGAAAGUUUAACUCUUUAUGAGAACUUUAAGAUUAUGAAAUAUCGAAGAGAUAUAAGAAUUUAAAUAAGAUGAUAAAUUGCUGACAAAAUGUUAUAAUGAUGAAGGUGGGAGUGGGAGAUGUGAGGAAGUCCAAAGAAAAUGUGAAAUUAUGUUAAGACGAAUGCUAUAUUGUUUAUUACAUUUAUUCUUAUUGUAAAACCCAAUAAAUUGCUUUAAAAAAAAAAAAUAAAGCCAACUGGCAGCUAUCUCACAUGCACCUGUCCUAAAGCAGACAAAAGCUGUAGUAUCUCAUGUGUAUGUUUCCCCAUCCCUGGUUUACAAUGUACAUAGUUUUAUAACGGCAGCUACAUCUUUUAAAAUAAUUAAAAGUUUGUGAUGUUUCCCUUGGUUGUACAAUUUGCUGUGUUGAGUUUAGUUUCAUUUUUCUAUCGUUGCUGUGUAUAUUUUUUUAAUCUUCCAAAUGCUUCUGAGAUUUUUUUUUUCAAAAAACAAUUAUUUUUCUUUAAGUGCAGUCAGUAUUUCUGGGAGCAUACCCUCUUCCCUGAAAGAAAGAACUCUACAGGAAGCCAAAGCUAUAAAGCAGAAAUUGCAUUCGAAACCUCAUGCUAA